CCAUUGUCUUCUCUUCCCCUAAAUCUCUCCUUUACCCUAAACACAAAUUAUUUAUUUCCUACAUAAACCUCAUUUUCUCCUAACAGUCUCCAACCCCACUUCACUUUUCUCCCUUCUAUCUCUCUUCCACCAAUCAAAAUGCUAAACACCCAAAAAUUCUGAAAAAAAAAAACUUUUUUUCCCUUGAAAACUCUAAUUGAAAUUGGCCUAAAUCUUGUAAAAAUGAGAUUUUGAUAAAGGGUUUAUAUAGUUUAUUGAGGUUCUUGAUUUUUUGCUUUAAUGGCUGAUAACCUUUUAUGUACAGAAACAGAAAGUAUUUGUCUUGAUGAUCUUGGUUCUUUGACUAUAAGUCAACAGAACAAUGAAAUUAACAGUAAAGAUUUGAGCUUUGCCAACAAUGGUAGAUCAGAGCCAUUGAUUGAUAUGCCAAGUUUAAGUGAAGAGAGUUUUGGUUUUAUGGUUCAAAGGGAAAUUGAAUUAUUGCCUAAAGAUGAUUAUUUGAUGAGAUUGAGAAGUGGAGACUUGGAUUUGAGUGUGAGAAGAGAGGCUCUUGAUUGGAUUUGGAAGGCUCAUAUGCACUAUGGAUUUGGAGAGCUGAGUUUUUGUUUAUCGAUAAACUACCUGGAUCGGUUUCUGUCUCUAUAUGAAGUGCCUAGAAGUAAAACUUGGGCAGUCCAAUUGUUAGCUGUGGCAUGUCUAUCACUUGCAGCCAAAAUGGAGGAGAUUAAUGUUCCUUCGACUGUUGAUUUGCAGGUGGGGGAUACCAAAUUUAUGUUUGAAGGCAAAGUUAUACAAAGAAUGGAACUUUUGGUACUAAGCACAUUGAAUUGGAGAAUGCAAGCUUAUACACCUUGCACAUUCAUAGAUUAUUUUGUAAGAAAGAUGAAUGGUGAUCAAAUCCCAUCAAGGCCUUUGAUUUGUAAAUCAGUGCAAUUGAUAUUAAGCUCCAUUAGAGGCAUUGAUUUCUUGGAAUUCAGGUCUUCUGAAAUUGCAGCAGCAGUGGUAAUAUCUGUUUCAGAGGAAAUGCAAGCAAUAGACAUUGACAAGGCAAUGCCCUGUUUCUUCAUACAUGUACAAAAGGGCAGAGUGAUGAAGUGUCUUGAACUGAUUCAAGAUUUGACCACUGCUAUUACCACUGCCUCAGUUCCAUCACCUCAAAGUCCCAAUGGAGUGUUAGAAGCUGCAUGCUUGAGCUGCAAAAGUGAUGAGAGCACAGUUGCAUCAUGUCCACCAGAUACUAAAAGGAGAAAACUUGACACAUCUUUAGAGGAGGGUACUUGAGAAAAGUUAGUGAAUCUUGGAAUUUUGCCCCUUUUUAAAAAUUUCCACACCUCCAAAUCCAAUCAAUUUUGGCCAAAUGGAAUAUUUGCUGUGGCGGUAAGGGUGUGGGGGAGCGGGGUUCCAUGCUUUAGCAUGAAAAGGAUUGUCACCAGCUGUUAAUAACAAUUUUGAGUUGUCAACAACCAUAGUAAUAGGAGGUUGUGAGGGGUAAGAUGGAAUUUUGAAAAGGGCCAUCUAUUAAAUACUUGUUUUCUUAUUUAUCUUUUAUGGGUUACUUUUGUAGUUUCAAAUUAAGACAUAUACAGUGAAAAACAGUAAGAAAGGGCAAAAAAAGAGAAUAAAAGGAAGUGGAGGCUAAGUAGAUGAUAAUAUUGAUUUAUUAGUUCUAUUUAUAGAGAAAAUAAUACUUCUACAUGGUA